AUGUCUUACACAUUCCUCUUCAAAUACAUCAUAAUUGGAGACACCGGAGUUGGAAAAUCAUGCCUUCAACAUCAAUUCACUGACAACCGCUUUCAACCUGUCCAUGACAUAACAAUCGGGGUCGAAUUCGGUGUAAGGACGAUCAAUAUUGAUGAUAAACCAAUCAAGUUACAAAUAUGGGACACAGCAGGUCAAGAAAUGUUCAGAUCGAUAACAAGAUCAUAUUAUAGAGGAGCAGCAGGUGCAUUGCUUGUUUAUGAUAUAACAAGGAGAGAAACAUUUGAUCACUUAGCUAACUGGUUAGAAGAUGUGAAGCAACAUGCAAACUCAAAUAUGGUCUUUAUGUUAAUCGGAAACAAGGCCGAUCUCACUAAGAAGCGCGCUGUAAGUACUGAAGAAGGCGGGAAGUUUGCGAAGGAGAAUGGUAUGAUCUUCAUGGAGGUUUCGGCGAAAAGUGCAGAAAAUGUUGAAGAUGCAUUCAUAAAAACAGCGGGAACAAUAUGUAAAAAGUUUGAGGAUGGAGAAAUUGGUGUGUUGAAUGAGAGUCAUGGAAUUCAAAUUGGAUAUGGCAGUAAACCAUCUGUUGCUAGGGAUCAUAAGCUUCCUUCUACUUUUGGUAGAAGCUGUUGCAGCAGUUGA